AUGCACGAAACAGUUAAGAAAGAAAGUUCGAAUUAAACUGAUUAUAACCCGGAACCAUCUGAGGACUACUUCCCAGAUCCUGGUGAAAACCAAAACGUGGAAACAAUGGAUCUUAAAUAUGGCAACUCUAGAAAGUACAUUUCCAUUAGUAUCCCUUCCAAACCAGAGACUAUGCCAUCUCAUAUCAAAUCUGUGGAUGAGCUAAGAGUCCUUGGAAUUAACCUCUCAAGAUUUAACAAGACUCUGCAGUUUUUCAUCUGUGUUGCUGGAGUUUUUAUUUUUUAUCUAAUAUAUGGGUACUUGCAGGAAUUGAUUUUCUCCUUGGAAGGAUUUAAGCCUUUUGGGUGGUAUCUAACAUUAGUACAGUUUGGAUUUUAUUCCUUAUUUGGACUUGUGGAGCUUCAGCUUAUUCAAGAUAAGAGAAGAAGAAUACCAGGAAAGGCAUACAUGCUUAUAGCUUUGUUGACAGUGGGAACUAUGGGCUUGUCAAACACUUCUCUGGGAUACCUUAAUUAUCCUACUCAAGUCAUCUUCAAGUGCUGCAAACUGCUUCCUGUUAUGAUUGGAGGAGUCUUUAUACAAGGCAAAAGGUACAAUGUUACAGAUGUGUCGGCUGCCUUAUGUAUGAGUCUCGGUCUCAUAUGGUUUACACUGGCUGACAGCAAAGUGGCACCAAAUUUCAAUGUGACAGGGGUAAUUCUGAUCUCCUUGGCUCUCUGUGCAGAUGCUGCUAUUGGAAAUGUACAGGAGAAAGCUAUGAAACUUCAUAAUGGUUCCAAUUCAGAAAUGGUCCUUUAUUCCUAUUCAAUUGGAUUUAUAUACAUUUUAUGCUUCUUAUUAUUCAGAAAAUGCAUGCUGUCACCGUGCUUUGUUGCUAUGUGUUUAAGUAGCAAUUAA